UUAAUUGUUAUACAAAAAAGGUUUACUUAAACCUUCUGUGCCUGUAUUAUUAAUAAUAAGUACAACAAUUUAAGAGUCAAGAAAAAGUAUUCAAUUAGAAUCCAUUUCUCAAUAUGAUAUUACUGUUAACUAUUUAUUCUACUUUCAUUUAUCAUGCGGCUUGUCUUGAUUACGACGGAUGGCUAAAUAUUAAAGUCGAACAUUCAUUGAAUUGUAAUGGAGACAAAUAUUGCAAUCGGGGGACUAUAUCUUUAAAGAGUAUCAGAGCUGGAACUGCAAUAAUAGAUCAAACUGCAUUUAGUAACAAACAUAUAGAAGAGUUGAAGGAGUUGGCCCAGUUUGAUGGAUUUUACACUAUAAGAACUUUAGUUACCACUGCAGACAGCAAAGAGACUGAAUUUUUGUCAUCAGUAAAAGCUAAAGCUUUCUUAGAGAAUGGACUUUGUGAUGUUAUAAGUGCAUGGGUUUUACCAAAUGGUGAAGUAAUAGCAGUUACAUUUCAAGUCAUGAAUGCAUCUCAACCUAAUCAAUUAAAACAAAAUUCUGAAUAUCAAAUUAUUUCCAACUUCUAUCUCCGUCAUGUGGAUCAGGCUCCGGUACCAGAUACUGCCUCUUACAUUCAAAAGUUGGAAAGAGAGAGAGAAGCUAGGGAAAAAGGCGAUUUGAAAGAUAAUAGACCAUUCUUGUCCAAAUAUUGGAUGUACAUAGUUCCAGUUGCAAUAUUUGUAUUGAUAUCUGGUGUAGGAAAUCCUGAAGGAGGUGCUCAACCAUCAUCACGCUGAAGGAUUUAAUUUGAUUUUGUGUCAUUAUAUAUUUUUUAAUACAGUAAUGUGGAAUGUAAUUAUAAUGGUUUGCAACUUGAA